CCCCUCCGCCGCUUCAGCUGGGCCGGCACCAUGCUGCGAAUUCCUGCCUUUCGGCUGCUGGGACGCACGGGGGCGAGUAGGGUCUGGCUCCUGGAGGACUUUAGCCUACGCCACUACAGUUCGGGCUCUCUCGGUGUCCGCGACGGUACUCGCGACGCGCGCGCCUACUUCACCACACCCAUUUUCUACGUGAACGCGGCGCCGCACAUCGGGCACCUGUACUCGGCGCUCCUGGCGGACGCCCUGUGCCGACACCAUCGCCUCCGAGUUCCCAGCGCCGCCGCCACGCGAUUCUCCACUGGUACCGAUGAGCACGGCCUGAAGAUUCAGCAGGCAGCAGCCGCUACGGGCUUGGCACCGUCCGAGCUGUGCGACAGAGUCUCUGCCCAGUUCCAGCAGCUUUUCCGGGAGGCUGACAUCUCCUCUACCGACUUCAUCCGCACCACCGAGGCCCGGCACCAGGUGGCUGUGCAGCAUUUCUGGGGAGUGCUGGAGGCUCGGGGUCUUCUCUACAAGGGGGUCUAUGAAGGUUGGUAUUGCGCCUCCGAUGAGUGCUUCCUGCCUGAAGCCAAGGUCACCAGGCAGCCCGGCCCGUCGGGGGAUUUGUGUCCUGUGUCUCUCGAGAGUGGGCAUCCCGUCUCUUGGACCAAGGAAGAAAACUACAUUUUCAGGCUUUCCCAGUUCCGGGAGCCGCUCCAGCGGUGGCUGCGGGGCGACCCUCAGGUCAUCACCCCGGAGCCAUUCCAUCAUGCAGUCCUUCAGUGGUUGGAGGAGGAGUUGCCGGACUUAUCCGUCUCUCGAAGGAGUAGCCACUUGCACUGGGGUAUUCCGGUGCCUGGGGACGAUUCGCAGACCAUCUACGUAUGGCUGGAUGCCUUGGUCAACUACCUUACUGUAAUUGGCUACCCAGACUCUGAGUUCAAAUCUUGGUGGCCGACCACCUCUCAUAUCAUAGGCAAGGACAUUCUCAAAUUCCAUGCUAUCUAUUGGCCUGCCCUCCUUUUAGGGGCCGGCAUGAGCCCACCACAUCGUAUCUAUGUCCAUUCCCACUGGACGGUUUGUGGUCAAAAGAUGUCUAAGAGCUUGGGCAACGUGGUGGAUCCCAGGACUUGCCUUGACCGCUAUACUGUGGAUGGCUUCCGGUACUUUCUUCUUCGGCAGGGUGUCCCCAACUGGGACUGUGAUUACUAUGAUGAAAAGGUGGUUAAGUUAUUGGAUUCCGAGCUGGCAGAUGCUUUGGGAGGUCUCUUGAACCGAUGCACUGCCAACAGAAUAAAUCCUUCUGGGACCUAUCCGGCUUUUUGCACUACCUGCUUUCCCAGGGAGCCAGGGUUGCCGGGGCCAUCAGGUCGUGCUCAGGCAGAGGACUAUGCUCUGGUGAGCGCAGUGGCCACUUUGCCCAAGCAGGUUGCAGACCACUAUGAUAACUUUCAGAUCUAUAAGGCUCUGGAGGCAGUGUCCAGCUGUGUCCGGCAAACUAAUGGCUUUGUCCAAAGGCAUGCACCAUGGAAGUUGAACUGGGAGAGCCCAGUGGAUGCUCCUUGGCUGGGUACUGUGCUUCAUGUGGCCUUGGAAUGUUUGCGAGUCUUUGGAACUUUGCUCCAGCCUGUCACCCCAAACCUAGCUGACAAGCUGCUAUCUAGGUUGGGGGUCUCUGCCACAGAGAGGGGCCUUGGAGAGCUCCAUUUCUUGCCGCGAUUCUAUGGACAUCCAUGCCCUUUUGAAGGGAGGAGGCUGGGACCUGAAACUGGGGUCUUGUUUCCAAGACUGGACCAGUCCAGGGCCUGGCUGGUAAAAGCCCAUAAGACCUAGAAACUCAGUUCUUAUUAGCUUGUGGUAAAAAGCAAAUGUGUUAUUUUCUUAUUUUGUAUUUUCAGGAAAGUUAUACUAAUGCUUUCUAAACUGUUGCAUCAAAUGAGCACAUAAGUAAUGUCCCUGUGAAAAGAGGUCUGAAGCUUUUCAGGAGCCUACUCUCUACUCUUCAGUCCUCUGUGUCCAUUAACCACUGUCCUUUGCACCCCAGUGUCUCUAAGAUGUCUCUAGGGAAAAGAUGGGUAGGAGACAACUUUGCUGAUACUAUUCCUUCUCAUUGUGCCUCCGGUCCAAACCACAGUUAUUUGCCCAUACUACCUCUCAUGGCUUGUUUUUCAUUGGCCUGGCCUCUGCUGUGCAAAUUAAUGAGAGUGGGGGUUGGAGGCCCCCUACCUCAGCUUUUACUUUGUUAUAUAUGUUGGGUCUCCUGUUAAAAAGAGAUUGUUUUAUUAAACCUUUAAAAACCAG